AUGGCCAAUAACAAGAUUACUUAUGUGAACGAACUUGAUGCGUCUCUAAAUUGGUUGAACAUGAAGGUAAGGAUAAUCCGUCGAUGGAUCAAUCCGGUGCAGAAGCUGGAGAUGGUUUUGGUUGACGAGAAGGGUGGGAAGAUUCAAUUAAUUUAUACAGUUGAGUUCCAAAAGCGAGGUCUUCCUCACGCUCAUAUUUGUUUGUUCUUGGGUCCUGGCAACAAGUUUCCACGUGCAACAGAUGUCGACCGUUUCAUUAGUGCGGAAAUACCAGACCCAAAAGAAGAUCCAGAAUUGUAUGAACUUGUCAAACAAUUCAUGAUGCAUGGUCCUUGUGGAACCAAUAAUCCAAAAUGUCCAUGUAUGGUUAAAGGUAAAUGUACUAAAAAUUUCCCAAAGAAAUGGAAGGAUGAAACUGCUGUCGAUUCUAAAGGUUAUCCAGUAUAUAGGCGUCGAAAGACCGAAAUUACCAUAGAAAAAAGUGGAAUUCCUCUUGAUAAUGGCAUGGUUGUCCCAUAUAAUGCCACACUUCUUCGAAGAUACCAAUGUCACAUUAAUGUGGAAUGGUGCAACCAGUCAGGUUCCAUCAAGUAUUUGUUCAAAUAUAUAAACAAAGGUCCUGAUGGAGUUACAGCAACCGUGUAUCAACAGAAUACAGAUGGAACAACCAAUCAAACAGAGAAAUCAAAGGAUGAGGUCAAAAAUUAUUUGGAUUGCAGGUACGUUUCGGCUUCUGAAGCUGCUUGGCAAAUAUUCGGCUUUGAUAUUCAUUACAGAUAUCCUCCUGUUGAAAUCUUGCCCUUUCACCUCGAAAAUGAACAGAGUAUAGUAUAUGACGAUGAAGCACAAUUAUGUGAUGUCGUGGCAAAUCCAACUGUAAAAUGUUCAAUGUUCCUUCAAUGGAUGGAAUUAAAUGCCACAAAUAAGUUAGCAAGCACGUUAAAGUAUGUUGAAAUACCACAAUAUUUUGUUUGGGUUCGGAAGGACAGAAAGUGGAAGAGAAGAACAAUUGAAGGUAAAGGUUCAAUAGGCAGGAUAUGCUAUGUUCCUCCAUCUCUUGGUGAUAUUUACUAUUUGAGAAUUAUGUUGAAUCAUGUCAUUGGACCAAAAUCGUUUGAGGAAAUAAAAACGGUCAAUGGCCGUAAGUGUGAAACUUUCAAAGAAGCAUGUUUCGAGUUAGGACUUUUAGAUGAUGAUAAAGAGUAUGUCGAUGCAAUUCUAGAAGCUUCUCAUUGGGCAUCAGCAUCAUAUCUCAGAACUUUCUUUGUCCAACUCUUACUCUCAUCUUCUGUAGCACGGCCCGAUGAUUUGUGGAACAAAACAUUUGAAGUGUUGAGUGAAGAUAUUUUACAUACGCAAAGAAGAAUUUUAAACUGUCCAGGUAAUAUCAUUGAAGAAGAUAUUAAAAAUCUUUGCCUUUCGUAUAUAGAGCAGUUGUUAGUUAAUAACGGCAGCACACUUAAGAACUUUCCCGACAUGCCAUACCCAAACACCAACUAUGUUGAAUCACUGAACAACCGUUUAAUCGCUAAUGAGCUGUUGUAUGAUAAAAGAGCCCUAACUGUUGAGCAUCAACAGUUGCAUAGUUGCUUAACACCUGAACAAAGACAGCUUUAUGAAACUAUGAUCAGUGUUGUUGUGAUCAGUGUUGUUGGUAAAAAUGAAGGUGGAGUUUACUUCGUUUAUGGAUAUGGCGGUACGGGAAAGACUUACCUUUGGAAAACUCUAACUUCUGCUUUACGUUCCCAAAGACAAAUUGUGCUCAAUGUUGCUUCAAGUGGAAUAGCAUCACUCUUACUCACUGGUGGAAGAACUGCACAUUCAAGGUUUGUUAUACCAAUUAACAUCAAUGAAAACUCUAUUUGUUCCAUAGAUCCAAACAGUGAGUUGGCGGCAUUGAUAAAGGUAGCUAAGCUGAUCAUUUGGGACGAAGCUCCUAUGAUACAUAAGCAUUGCUUUGAAGCUCUUGAUAGAACAAUGAGAGAUAUACUUAGAUCAACGCAGGCCAACAGCGAAGAGAAAAUUUUUGGAGGGAAAGUAGUAGUCUUUGGUGGUGACUUUGGACAAAUUUUGCCAGUCAUUCCCAAAGGAACCAGAAGCAUGAUUGUCAAUUCAAGUUUAAAUUCGUCAUACAUAUGGCACCAUUGUCAAGUUCUUAAAUUGACUAUAAAUAUGAGGCUCCAAGUUGGAACGCAAUCAGCAGAGUUAGAAGAGGUUAAAGAAUUUGCUGAAUGGAUUUUAAAGGUGGGAGAUGGUGUUCUUGGUGGUGAAAAUGAUGGUGAAGCAGAUCAAUUUUACAUAUCCAGAUAUGCUUAA